AUGCAUAUCCGCGGCUCCUCCAUCUACCUCGCCGUCACUUUUCUGACAUCCACUACCGCCGUUCUUGCAGCCGUCCAACCUUACGGACAAUGCGGCGGCGCCAAUCAUCAGGGCGAGACGACGUGUACUGACGGAUGGACGUGCAAGAAGUACAACGAUUGGUACAGCCAGUGCAGUGGUGGUCAGAAUGGAGGUGGGAAUGUUCCUUCACCAACCACUAAGACGACAACCACAGCUACCGAACCUACAGUCCCUUCGGUCGCGCCAGCACCGUCGAGCAAGGAAGCAAAGCCCGUUACCAACGCCACUACAAGCGCUGUAGGUGCCGCUUCAUCAAGCGCAGCAGCGCCGAGCUCCUCUCCCAGCAAGGCACCUAGCACCGGAGGGAGCGGCAAGAAUGGCGCCAAAUGCUCCCUUGAUUCAGCCUUCAAGGCUCACGGCAAGAAGUACAUCGGCGUAGCUACAGAUCGGGGCCGCCUGGCUGCAGGAGCCAAUGCGCAGAUCAUCAAAGACAACUUCGGUCAAGUCACGCCUGAGAAUAGCAUGAAAUGGGAUGCGACGGAGAAUGUGCAAGGUAGCUUCACCCUAGAUGGAGCCAAUGCGUUGGUGGAGUUUGCCACACAGAACAACAAAUUAAUCCGCGGCCACACCACCGUCUGGCACUCUCAACUUCCUACGUGGGUAUCUUCCAUUACCGACAAGGCGAAGCUGCAAGAAGUAAUGGUCGCUCACAUCCAAAAGCUCAUGACCACCUACGCAGGCAAGGUAUAUGCCUGGGACGUAGUGAAUGAGGUAUUUGGUGAAGAUGGCAAGUUCCGCUCCUCGGUAUUCUACAACGUACUUGGUGAAGACUUUAUACCGCUUGCAUUUAAUACCGCCCGCGCCGCCGAUCCCAAAGCAAAACUCUACAUCAACGACUAUAACCUCGACUCUGUCAGCUACGCAAAGACAAAGGCCAUGGUUGCAAAGGUCAAGGAAUGGGUAGCUGCCGGUGUGCCCAUCGAUGGCAUUGGAAGCCAGAGCCAUCUCGCGAACAAUUGGCCGAUUGCUGAUUUCCCGGCCGCGCUGAAGAGUUUGUGCGAUGUUGUGGACGAGUGCGCCAUUACCGAACUCGAUAUCAAGGGUGCUGCUGCUUCAGACUACCAGACGGCAGUGAAGGCUUGCCUGGAUGUUGAGAAGUGCGUCGGUGUCACGGUUUGGGGGGUCUCGGAUCCGGACAGCUGGAGGGCUAGCUCGACGCCGUUGCUAUUUGAUGGAAGCUUUCAGGCGAAGGCGGCUUAUAACGGAAUUUGUAGUGUCUUGGCGUAG